UACCCUCGCCGGCAGCUCCGUGGCCGACUCGGGUCCCGCGGUCGACGGAGCGGGCGCGCGCGCCGGGGGUCGCGCGGCUGUUGAGAAGGGCGAGCGCGCGCGGGGAGGGAGUGGAGGCGUAGUGGGGCGGGGGUACGGUUCGCUUGCUCGCAAGAUGGCGGACGAGGACGGGGAAGGGAUUCACCCCUCAGCCCCUCACAGGAACGGAGGUGGCGGCGGCGGUGGGGGAUCUGGGCUCCACUGCGCCGGGAACGGCGGCGGGGGAGGCGGCGGCCCGCGGGUCGUGCGCAUCGUCAAGUCCGAGUCCGGCUACGGCUUCAACGUGCGGGGCCAAGUGAGCGAGGGCGGGCAACUGCGGAGCAUCAACGGGGAGCUGUACGCGCCGCUGCAGCAUGUGAGCGCCGUGCUGCCCGGGGGGGCGGCCGAUCGGGCCGGGGUGCGCAAGGGGGACCGCAUUCUGGAGGUGAACGGCGUGAAUGUUGAGGGGGCGACACACAAGCAGGUGGUGGACCUGAUCCGAGCAGGCGAGAAGGAAUUGAUCUUGACAGUGUUAUCUGUGCCUCCUCAUGAGGCAGAUAACCUAGAUCCCAGUGACGACUCGUUGGGACAAUCAUUUUAUGAUUACACAGAAAAGCAAGCAGUGCCCAUAUCGGUCCCCACAUACAAACAUGUGGAGCAGAAUGGUGAGAAGUUUGUGGUAUACAAUGUUUACAUGGCAGGGAGGCAGCUGUGUUCCAAGCGGUACCGGGAGUUUGCCAUCCUACACCAGAACCUGAAGAGAGAGUUUGCCAACUUUACAUUUCCCCGACUUCCAGGGAAGUGGCCAUUCUCUUUAUCAGAACAGCAAUUAGAUGCCCGACGUCGGGGGUUGGAAGAAUACCUAGAAAAAGUGUGCUCAAUACGAGUCAUUGGUGAGAGUGACAUCAUGCAGGAAUUCCUGUCGGAAUCAGAUGAGAACUACAAUGGUGUGUCCGACGUAGAGCUGAGAGUAGCAUUACCAGAUGGAACAACAGUUACAGUCAGAGUUAAAAAGAACAGUACUACAGACCAAGUAUACCAGGCUAUUGCAGCAAAGGUUGGCAUGGACAGUACGACGGUGAAUUAUUUUGCCUUAUUUGAAGUGAUCAAUCAUUCCUUUGUACGUAAGCUGGCACCUAAUGAAUUUCCUCAUAAACUCUACGUCCAGAAUUACACAUCAGCUGUGCCAGGCACCUGCCUGACCAUUCGAAAAUGGCUUUUUACUACAGAAGAAGAAAUCCUCUUAAAUGACAAUGACCUUGCUGUUACUUACUUCUUUCAUCAGGCUGUUGAUGAUGUGAAAAAAGGUUACAUCAAAGCAGAGGAAAAGUCCUACCAAUUACAGAAGCUGUAUGAACAAAGGAAAAUGGUCAUGUACCUCAACAUGCUAAGGACUUGUGAGGGCUACAAUGAAAUCAUCUUCCCCCACUGUGCCUGUGACUCCAGGAGGAAGGGGCAUGUUAUCACAGCCAUCAGCAUCACGCACUUUAAACUGCAUGCCUGCACUGAGGAAGGACAGCUAGAGAACCAAGUAAUAGCAUUUGAAUGGGAUGAGAUGCAGCGAUGGGAUACUGACGAAGAAGGAAUGGCCUUCUGUUUUGAAUAUGCACGAGGAGAGAAGAAGCCUCGAUGGGUUAAAAUCUUCACACCAUAUUUCAAUUACAUGCAUGAGUGCUUCGAGAGGGUGUUCUGCGAGCUCAAGUGGAGAAAAGAGGAAUAUUAGUUAGAGACUGGUUAUCCCGUGUGAGCCAGGAUACUCUUCCAGAGAGGUUAGCCUUUGGAUGCUGAAUGGACUGUACAAAAAAGCCCUGCUUCUACCCUUGUCCAGAGGGUGGCCACUGGCUACAGGCUGUUCCAUCCCUCAUGACUUCAUGGAUCCUCCUCUGCCUGUUUUUUAUCAAAUUACCCUCCAUGUUGUUCCUGACCCAGAAGGGCAGCUGUCCUCAGUUUGAACCGUUCUGACUGGAUGAGCCAUGACAGAGGCUGUCUAGGCUAAUAACCAAGAAUGUGUAUGUUUGGGAAAGUUUUUGCUACUGCUUUACUGCUGUCUGUAUAUGCCAGUGCUGGAGCAGAAUUUGGAAGAUUCUGAAUAAUUAGCUGCUUAUUCUCAAAGAAAAUGUUUCCGAGGUUCAGAAGGUAAAAUCAGGAACAUGAAAAUUUAUAUUCUUGGUGUAGAAGAAAGAACAUUGGGUUCUGGGAAUCAGAUGUGGAUUUUCUACCAGCUUUUUUUCUCCCUAUGAUUUUGGGCAAAUCAGCCUCCCUAGAUCUCGGUUUUCUCAUCCUUUGUCGUCUGUAAAACGAGAAGGCAGAACCAGAUAAUUAAUGUCCAAGGUCCCUUCCAGCUCUAAAAGGCUGUGAUUCUAGAUGGGAAGUUAGAUCAGUGGAAGAAGCCAGUCAGAUCAGGUCAUCUAGUCAUACAUUUUCCAUUUCUAGUUAAGGGGUUGUCUCCAGAUGGGGGAAAUGUGGACACCUAAGGCUUCCCAAUAACUCUUUUCUUUUUUUCCUUUCAGAACAUUUUCCAGGUGGCGAGGUCACAGCAGAGGGAUGUGGCCACCUAGCCUUUCCUUCUCCCCUUCCCUUCUCUUCACCCUCGUCCUCUUAUCCCUUUCAUCUCCCAUGUCAGACAGAGUAACCAUUAACACAAAAGAAGAGAAAAAGGAAAAAAGUCAUUAUAUUCAAAAGCCCUAAACUAAAUAUUAUUAAUAAUCCUUCUGAAUUUCAUGUCUCUGGAAUUGAGCUGGUAGAGAACAACAGAUUGGUCAGCACCAGGAGUCAACUGAGUUAAGACAGAAAAAGAAAUACACCCAACCAACUCGCCAAAGGUAUCUUUGUCCUUUCACCUGGGCCUCAUACCAACAAACUCUCCUUGUACUAUAUUUUUAAAACUGGAACUAUGAACUCCAUCCAUUUGCACUGUUCAGACAUAUAUAUGUAUGUAUGUAAAAAUUAUAUAUACACAAAUUAGCUGCACGUAUAUACAUAUAUAUAUUUCUUUUUAAAUUUCAUAUUGAUGGCAGUACCUUUUUUAGCUUGUGUUUUUACACACCUUUCACUAGAAUUCAUGACUUCUCUCUUGCUGUCUUUAUUUUGAAACAAACUUUAAAAAGGAAAAAAAAAAAUUUACAGGGAAAAUACCUCUCCUCAUGAAGGACUUGAAAAGUUUACAACCUGCUUGGGUUUUUUCCCCCCUUUUUUGUAUUGAGUGAAGAUUCUGGCUCAUGGGUUGCCAUAGAGUUUGAGAAGCAAGGAGCAUAGUUUCUUUAUCUUCCAGGAGGCCGCUGGGGAGGAGAAGGAGCUGUGUUUCUCAAGGGCAGCCAGGCUGCAGAUCUGCAGGGAGAGUUUGAAAACUUGGUGUGGUCUCUUGUUUCCAAGACAGUUUCUCUGGUCCAUCUCUCUCUUCCACUCGUGGCUUUCUAGCCACAUUCCACAUUUCCCUCCUGCUUCCCCAGGGUCACUUGUAUGCUUUCCCUCAACUGGCCUAGAAUGGAGGGGAGGGUGGGCUCAGGAGGUUGAUGCCACAGGAACCUGAAACACUUCAUGGUCGUAAUUUCCUAUUUCCCUCUCAUUUCUGAAGCAGUGAUGGUACUACCGGCCAGAGUUAAAGCUGAUACCGUUAGGCACAAAGAUUGGACUUAGGCAGGGGAAAGGAAGGAAGAAAUGCCCCGUGUGCAUAAGCUUUUCCCUACUCCAUUCCUGACCAGUAACCACCUAUAACUAUGACAUUAUCUCUGACUUCCUGAAACAGCUGCGUUGGGGAGGGAUCUGACAAUAUCUCCAAGGCUUUGGGGCGACUUGGAAUGGGUCAGUGGUCUGUGCCAACCAAACCAUAGCCUAUCCAAGCCAGCUGAGGACCCAGGAAGGAGCAGUAGGACUAUGGUUGAUUUGGGUUGGAUCUCAACCUUUAAUUAAAAGGAGACUGAAGGAAAACCUUUUUGUUCCUCAAAGAGCUCCUUAUCUGACUUUGCAGUUAGACCUUUUGAGACUUAAGAGCUCCAUCCCAGAAUGUAGGGCCAGGGCUGCCUCGGGUAGGGCAAUAUUCUCAGCCCCCGGGCUUUGUAGAUACUGCAUCAGGACCUCUAAGUCAGGCUCUGAAAUAACUGGAACACAUCUUUGAGCCUUCUUUUCUUUUUCUCUUCUUCACCUUCUGAACAAAAACCUCCAUAGGGUGGUAUCUUUUGCUUUGUCUAACUGGGAGGCACCAUAGCUGGUUGUAGUCAACUCAACUGAGCAGUGUUGGGGUGGUUUGAAGUUUCUUUUUUUGUAACUUGUUUUUGCAUAUCAUUGUGAGGCCACUUUUCUUUCUCUCUCGCUCUGUUAUCCUGGCAGCCACUGCCUCAAGGGAAUAUUGGGUCAUAUAGGACAUCCCACCUUCCCUUACCUUUUCCAGACCCAGGUGGAUCACAGAGUACAAAAUGUAAGAAUGCUGAAUGUUAAAAGUUGCAGAGAAUGAUCCCUGAUUUGAAGGCUUUGACGUAGAAUUAACUGCUUUUGGCUUGGAUGAAUUUAAUAAUGAGCCAAAGGUCCCUCGAAAGAAGAUAUGUUGAUUUCCCACUCGAAGAUGCUAAAGAGGCUUUUGGCACCAGCUGUGUUCAAACUGUAAAAAUAGCAGCAAUUUUCCCCUGUUCCCUCAGAGUGGGAGAGGAAUGAACAAAUCCAGGAGUCCGUGCGACAGCCCAAAUGCUGACCUCCGGAUACGAGACGUAGCGGGGAUGCCCUUAGGAUGGAGGCCCCUUCGAGUAGGUAGAUGCUGCACCGUUCCCUUUCUGGCAUAGCAUUCACUUGGUGCUUUGGAUUUUGGGUGAGGGCCCCAUAGGGCGUUGGCCUUUUGGCAGCAUCUGUUUAGGAACAGCCUCUACCUGAGGCUGUACCACGAACAAAGCACCCAGCUGCAGCAGGGAGGGGGAAGGAGGGAGACCCUGGAGGACCGCGCCUUCUCCUCUUCCACCUGCAGCAGGCCUCAUGCAAUGGGCAGAAGUCACCAUGGCUGUGGGGCUCCACAGGAUCAAGCUCUUCUUUGCAUGAAGCAGUGUUAGUGUGAUACUCCUUUCCCCCGUGCUCUGCACUUCCUUUCUGUAAUCCCUACUACUUUCCUUAGUCCUGGGUUCUGCCCAGGGAGGCUUCUACCCAGUCUUCUUCUGCAGUUUGUCUCUGGGAAAUGGAGGGGAUGCCCCUUCCCCCUGCUUUGCCCCAGCAGAGCCAGCAGGAUCUUCCUGAUCUCCUGUUGUCCUCUCCUCCAAAAUCAGUUUCUGUCCUCUUUGGUAAAAGCUCAGUUUUUUAGCGAUCAGGAGAAAAUGCAGUCCCUGAGAAACCUGUCCCUGCAGAAAGGUUCUCCUGGGCCAUGCUUUGGGCUCUCUGCUCUUUAUAUUUUUAUUCUACUCUCUGUUUUUCUGCCCUCCCCUUGCCCUAGGCCUCAGCUUAGCACAGGUGGGUGCUCAGGGCGGCUCCUAGGACUGGACAGAGCUCUCAGGAAGGAAUUAGUUCAACAUCCUCAUGCCUGGCCCAUCUAGUUUCAUCCUUCAGUUACCCAGGCCAGUAGCUUUGGGUUAUCCCCUCUUGUAGCUCCAAACCCAGUGCUUAGAGCAGCAAUAUAGGGCACUGACAGGAGAUGACACCUCUCUCUCUCAUCUCAGAAUUUACCAACUAUGGGCCUGGUUCCUAGGAGGCAGUUUUCUUAAAGGGGACUGCAUUCUGGUUAACUUGAAGUCUCCAGACCUGGAGGGACCACCGUGCCCUCCCUUCUGUCCAUCGUGCCCUCUGGCUGGAUUGAUUCAGCAGGAGAAACCAUUUGGUCUGUGGGACUCCAACAUACUGCUAGGUUCCGUCACCAGAUUCAUUGUGUCAUGUGAGCUUUCUUUUGGAGGGAGGAUGAUGUGGUUGAACACGCAGAGAGAGAGAAUGGAAGUGAUGAUGUGCAUCUUUAGCUCCUCAUCUUCCGGUUCCCUCCUGCCUUCCUCUGCUCCUAAACCUGAGUAUAUCAUGCCAGGCCUCACUCAUAGCAGGACAGCAUCAGCUCACUCCUCAGCAAUAAUCUAGGCUGUGUGGGAAGGUUAGGGCUCUGGGGAGGAACAGAACUGAAGAGGGGAGUGAUACGGGGUGGAGGCACUGGGCCAACUGCUAACCUUGGACACCAAUUUUAUAUCAUGCCCCCCUUUUAAGCCGAUGAGCUGGGCUUCAGUUUUCCCCAGGCCAUGACACUUUUAAUUUAUUUGAGAGAAACUCUAAUUGUAUUUUCACUGCAGUAUCUUGUAUUUUUUAUUUGUGAUUUAAGAAAUGUGAAGAGAAAAUACACAGACACAUAAUGGCUAACAGUGUUUCUUUCAUUCCUUGUUCUAGAGCUAACCACUCUAAAAUUGUUUGGUAAAUGUCACUUAGUGUAAUUAAUUGUAACAUAUUCUUUUAAAUAAAUUGAUUUAUUGAUGAAACUA